CGCUGAAGCGGUACCGCGCUGUCUGCGAGUCUUCUUGCCGCGAUCCCUGCUGUGUAGAUCCCGGCGCACCCCUGCCCUCUCGGCAAUGGGGGUCCGCAAGCGGAAGGCCGCGGGUGGCCAGGACAGCGCGGCUCUCCGCGCGGGCGCAGGCAAGCGGGCCCGCUCCGAAGAGCUCACGGGUGUGCGCUUCAAGGCUCAGCUGCGGGAUCCACAGGGCGCAGAGCCGGCCUUGGAAGCAUUUGUCGCUGCUGCCAAGAAGCUCCCGAGAGAAGAUGUGUACGAUGUCGUGGAAGGGUACAUAAAGAUUUCAGUAGAGUGUGCAGAGAUUUUCCAGCUCCUGAGUGGGGAGAAGCGACCGGAAAGUGAAAUGCUGUUAAUAUUUCAAGUUUUCGAGGCCAUAUUAUUGCGGACAGCGAGCGAUCUUUCCCAUUUUCAUGUUGUGGGAACCAACAUCGUGAAGAAGUUCAUGAACAACCACAUGAAGCUCAUCUGCGAGUCCCUGUAUGCCUCGGGCUACAGGAUGGCUCGAGCCUGUCUCAACCUGAUGGCCGCCAUGGUGACCCAGGGUCCUGAGGCCGCCAGGGACGUCUGUAGCCAUUUUGAUUUGAAUAAGAAGACCUUGUACACCCUGGCGACCAAGAGGGAUUCAAAGGGUGCGCACGAUGUCCGACUGGCCUACAUUCAGUUCGCCCUCUCCUUUCUGAUCGCCGGCGAUGACACCACCAUAGCACAGGUGCUGGAGUUGAAAGAAUUUAUUCCUUGCAUUUUUAGCUCGGGCAUAAAGGAAGACAGGAUCUCCACCGUCAAUAUUUUGUUAUCCACGCUGAAAACCAAGGUAGUUCACAAUAAAAACAUCACCAAAACCCAGAAGGUGCGUUUCUUUACGGGGCAGCUGUUGAACCACAUAGCAGCUCUCUACGGCUGGAACGGGCUUGUUGAUGUGAACGUGGAACACGCCAAGACUUCUGAGGAUGCAGGGAAGACCAUGGUGAGGGAGCUCGUUCACACCUUCCUGAUGGAUCUUUGCUGUUCGCUCAAGCACGGGAUUAAUUUUUAUGACGCGUCUUUCGGCACCAUCGGCAGAGGCGGGAACCUGACGCUCCUGCACUUCCUGUUGGGUUUGAAAAGUGCGGCAGACGACGAGCUGGUGGCCGAGCUGGUGGUGAACAUCCUCCAGGUGUGCCCGGACUUGCUGAACAAGUACUUCAAGGAAGUCACGUUUUCCUUUCUCCCAAGGGCGAAGUCCACUUGGUCAAAUAACAUCAAGCUGCUGAACAAGAUCUAUGACGCCCAGCCGGACGUCUCCCGGGCCUUCCAGACCAGAGAGUUCAUCCCCUUGCCUCGGCUCCUGGCCAUGGUGAUGGUGACCACUGUGCCCUUGGUGUGCAAUAAGACGAUGUUCACCCAGGCGUUGAAUUUGGAUAGCAUAUCAGUGAAGCACACAGCUUUAUCCCUUAUUUCCGUCAUUCUGAAAAGAGCACUAAAAACGAUCGAGCACUGUCUGAACAAAGAGAUAUGGCAGGAAUCAGGCGUGUACACGGCCGCGGCGAUGGAAGAAUUUGUGCGCCUCUUCAGAGAAGCCCUGAGCAAGAGUUUACCAGACCUGAACACCAUCGUGUGGGUCUGGCAGUCACUUCGAAAGCAGGAGACAAAACAGGAUGACGAGAAAGGAAAGAAGAGGGGCACCCAGACUCCUGCUGCCUGCGUGGCUCCCCAGUGCGAUGACGCAGAAACCAUUCUUCUGAAGGCCGUUCUGCUGCAGGUCAUAUGCCUGUACCAGAAGGCGGUCCCACACAUGGUCAUGCAGUACAACUUCGACUUCAGCAAGCUCCUGAAAGGCGUCAUCUCAGAGCAGGGCCUCCGGGAGGAGGUGCCUCCCAUCCUACAACACCACAUCCUGAAGGUGGCGCUGGAGCUGCCCGCCAGCAAGUUCCUGUGGCUCAAGGCACAGGAAGGCCCAGAUGCAGAAAUCAUUGGAGGAGAACGAUCUGUAUUUUACUUACUGAUGAAAAUGUUUGUGACCAGUAGCCAUCUCCAGCUCAAGUCAUCUACCAAACUUCUGAUCAUAAAGAUCCUGCGGGACACGGGGGUGUUCGAGCACACCUGGAGGGAGCUGGAGCUGUGGCUGGAACACUUACAUGACACUGCGGACGAGCAAAGAGAAACCGUGAUUCAGUUUUUGGAACGCGUUUUACUGACGUUGGUGGCGAAUCCCUAUUCCUACACAGACAAAGCAUCUGACUUCGUCCAGGAAGCCAGCACGCUGCGGGCUGCAGGGACGAAGCAGGAGGCUGACGAUGUCAGCAUUCCCGUGUCCCACAUCGAUGAUGUUCUCGACAUGGUGGACGUCCUGGUGGAGGGCAGUGAAGGCCUGGAUGAGGAGAUUGGGUUCUUACUGGAUGAAGACAUGAUCCUGCUCACGUUCCCAUUCAGUGCCGUGGUCCCCGCAGCCCUGGAAGCCAGGAAUAAGUUGCUCCUUGGGACAGAACACGAAACAGGCGAGAACGUCGUGGCAUACCUGACGGCGGUGCUGACAGACCUCCUCCACACGCAGCGGGACCCUCUGGCGCUGUGUCUGCUGCUUCAGGCUUACGACAGGCUGGAGCCUCCCGUCCCGCCUUGCUGCCACCAGCUGUUGCGGUUCCACACGUACUACAGCCGCUGGAUCCCAGAGGCGGCCCGCGAGGCCCUGCCCCUUCAGAUGCCGGGCAGCCUCGCCCCCCAGGGCCCUGCGGCCUCCUCCUUCUCCGCCCUGCUGCAGGCGGCCUACGAGAGCGAGGGUGCACUCCUGGACGAGCAGGUUCAGGCGCAGCUGCAGGCCGCCCUCCCGCACCUGCCGGCGCACCAGAUCCUGGGCUCGGCGACACACCUGCUGCUCUACGUGAGGAGCGCCGUGGAGAACUUUGGCCAGCUGGGCCGAAGCGCAGGGCCCCCCGUCCUGCAGCUGCUCCUGGACCUCCUCCAGCGCCUGGUCGCCCACUGUGCGCAGCUGGCCUCGCAGGACCAGCAGAAACGCGAGGCCGCCCAGGCCGCCUCCGACCUCUUUCUGGACACGGAGUCCGUGGCCUCGCUGGAGCUGGCCAGUGACAAGACGCUGGAGGAGGUGCUGGCGGCUGUCCUCAGACAUCCCACGCUGGCGGGUUGGUUCCUGGCCCUGGAGCGCCGGGCCCUUCCUGCGCACACCCUCAGCCCCGUCCUCGUGAAGCUGCUGGGGGCCCACCUCAGCGCGGGGGUCCUGCGGCUGCUGACGGCCAGCGCCCCGAUCGUCUGCAGCUCCGGACAGCUGGGCCUCCUGGCCCCGUACACGGCGGCCACCGCCCAGAGCGUGCUGCAGAUGCUGCGGGACAGGGGGGCGGGCCCGGCCACGUCACGCACAGAGAGCCUCCCGCAGCUGGAUGCCCUGCAGGAGCUGCAUCCCUACAUGGAGGGUGCCCAGCUCCGUGAGGUCACCCUGGCUCUGCUGAGCCUGCCCGCGGCCCAGCUCGUGGUCCAGCGGCCCGCGAAGUCCCCCAGGAAGCAGAGGCACCUGAAUGCUCUCGGCAGGACCCUGGUCCAGCUGCUGACCCACGGCGCCCAGGAUCAGCGGCCGAGCGGCGAGCUCCUCUGGGCCCCCGGGUUCGUGAAAGGCCUGGGGGCUUUGCUUCCCGCACUGGCCGUGGACGAGCUGGAUGCCGUGUUUCUCCACACUCUGCAGAGAGAGCCCGAGCUGGCCCCCGUGGUCGGCGUCCCCGUGCUGGACUACUGCCUGGCCCGGCGGACGCAGGCGGCCCUCGGCACCGCCGCCCUGCUCGUGCAGCUCAGCUCCACCCACCUGCUGCGCUUUGAGCUGUGGUGCGGGCAGCCCGGCUCCAGCCUCUGCCUCCAGGAAGGCCUUGACGACUUCCUCCCCCUCGUCCACGUGUACCUCCAGUGCAGGAUGCAGGGUCCCUUCACACGCCCAGUAGGAGUGUCCUCUGCCGUCAUUCCCGUGCUGAGGAAAGCGCUGUGGAGGCAACUGCAGACCAGGCUUCUCAGCGUGGAUGGGCCCCCAGCGUCGGGGCUGCAUCACGAGGUCCUGGCCCAGCUGGUCCCGUUCGCAAGAGCCAAGGACCUUGGUGUGCUCAUGGACCGCCUGCCCAGCCUGCUUCAGACCCCAGGCAGACACGAGAGCUGGAGCAUGGCCGACUCCGUGUCUGCCGUCCUGGACGGGGCGGCAGGAGAGCUGCGCGCCUGGAGGGGGACUCUGCUGGCGUCCUGUGUCAGGUGGCUCACGGCGUCUUUCGGUGCGGGCAGGCAGGACCAGGACAGUGCCCGGGACCGGGAGAGCCAGAUGCUGCGGAGGUUUCGUGAGCUGGUGGAUUUCCUUAAUGAAGUGGAUCCUGGAGAUUGGCAGAAAUUUGUGAAGACUGGACUCAAGUUUCGGUAUCAGGACCACAUGUUUUUAAAGGCCCUCCAUGCCGCCAUACAGCGCCUGUAUGUUCCGGAAAACUCCAUGUGCGCGCAGCUCACCCAGCUCCCGGUGGUCCACAUGAUGCUCACGCAGCAUUCCCUGUUUCUGCCAACGCUCCUGAAGUCUGAAGAAGAGAACUCAGACAGUCAAGUAAAAGAAGCACUAGUGGAUCUGAUGUCAGUGGUGGUGAAGCUGUGUCCCUCCGUCUGUGAAAGCAGUCACUUCGCAGUGCUCCUUGGGGCCUAUGGCGCCACUCUCAGUGUCCUGGACCAGAAGAUUCUGCUUCUUCUCCGGGCAUAUGAACAGAACAACUUCAGCCUCGUGAACUUCAGGGUGCUGCUGUGGGGCCCGGCGGCCGUGGAGCAUCACAAGACAUGCCGGAGCCUGGGCAAGUCGCUGUGGCAGCAGCCGAGCGUCGGGGACAUCCUCCGCCUGCUGGACCGGGACCGGAUGAUGAAGACCAUCGUCCACUUCCCGCAGAGCCGGAGGCUGCUGCCCCCCGAGGACGGACAGGAGCUGAUAUUUAAGGACAAGAGCACAGUGGAUCUCGAUGGCCUUUAUGACCCCUGCUUUCUCCUGCAUCUCUUCAGUGAACUCACCAGGCCAGAACUUGUGGUAGACUGUCGAAAAUUUUUGGACUCCAAUUCGCUGGGCCUAACCGUCGCAGCCCUCAGCAGCUAUGACCCCCAGAUGCGAGCCGCAGCCUACCGCGUCCUGGCGGCCUUCUACUCGCACCUGGAGGGGGCGCGGUUCCGCGAGCAGCCCCAGCUACUUUACUUGCUGGAUGUAGUCCGGAAUGGGAUACGAACUCAGAACAUGAGACUCACCUUUACCUUGACUCUCUUCAUUGCCAAAGCAGCCCUGCAGAUUUUGAAGCCAGAGGAGCACAUGUACAUGAAGAUCAGCAAGUUCCUGCUGUCACACGAGUACUUGAAUAUGAACAAGGUUCCAGGCUUUUACCAGUUCUUCUUCAGCUCAGACUUUGAGCAGAGGACGGAACGCGAAUGGGUGUUCGGGAUCCUGCGGCAGGGGCUGCGAGACAGACACUGCUACGAGCUCUGCGCCCGGCGAGGGGUCUUCCACAUCCUCCUGUCCUUCUUCAGCAGCCCCCUGUGCGAUGACGAGGCGCAGAAUUGGAUUCUGGAAAUUCUGCAGAACGCUGCCCGGGACCCCCAGUCUGCCUAUGAGAUUCUGCGGGACUAUAGCCUGUUAACGUGGAUCUUACACAUCCUUGAGAGCAAGUUUCUGGAGACCCAGCUGCUGUCCAGCAUAAUCUCCUUGCUGCACACGCUGUGGGUGACCAACCUGGGGGACAAGGGAGUGGAGUCUGAAGGCCCGCCUCCCUGCAAGCCAGGGUCCCGGGAGCCCCCGAAGCUGCUCGCCCUGCACCUGGUCGACGAGUUCCUGUAUGUUCUCCUGGUGCUCACAAAGCACCUGAGGCCCACCUUGGCCUCCGCCCAGCUGACCAGCUUCUUCGGGGCGCUUGAGUCCGUGCUGAGGUACCGGGCCGCCGUCAUACAAGCUUUCAAGGAUAUGAACCGCUUCACGGUGAACGAGGCAGUGCUAUCCACAAAGGAUGUGCUCGUCCUCUUGCACAAAUGGAGCCUCGUCGAGAGAGAUGCCAAGCUCCAGGAGGACCUGCGAGCGGCCAUUGAGAAAUACCAAGUCAGGGAGCUACUGAAGAUGCUCAAGGAUAAGGGCAAACCUGCCGUGCCCGCCCGAGCCAGGGGCCCGCGGGGCCGGAGGAGGAGGCCCGAGGAGACGCUGGAGGCAGCUGACUCCGAGCCGCAGGCAGCCACCCUGGAGACGUGCAGGGGCCUCCUGACGUCCAUACUGACCCACUGGGGGCCGGCACACCGGGGCCCGGAGGACAGCACCGGCCCCGAGAGUGAUGCACCAGGCCUCGCGGCCACCGCCGCUUCCCUGGUGGCCCGCUGGGUGCUGCGCUCGGUGGCCGAGCGCCCGCCCGGCGGGGCCGAGCCUUCGGGACUCCUUGGCUGGCUGGAGAGCCACAUCGUGCUGCAGCCGGCGGUCGUGGCGGAGCUGCUCGCGGACGGCGCCACGCGGAGGAGCCUCUUCAAGCUGCACAGCCGGGCCUGCAGCGCCGAGCGGCUGGCGGGCCCCGCACAGGGUGCGGCCUGCGGGUUUAACGCGGCCCUGCUGCGGCUGGCGGCCCCAGGCCCCGCGGGGAGCGCCUUCCGCCCCGCCGUCGAGGCCCUCUGCCUCUCGUCCCUGAGGGAGCAAGAUGGAGCCACUCGAGCCGCCGCUGCGUUCCUGGUGUCUCUGUACAUUAAGGACAUCUGGCUGGGCGCUCAGCGGCCCGACACCCUCCUCAGCCACAUCCAGAUGAUCCGUGAGGCCACAGAAGACGCACCAAGGGGUGACGAGGAGGCCGUCGUCACACUCUGCAAGGGCAUUGCCGCCUCGGUCCCCAAGGCUUGAUGCCCUGCCGUCUGGCGCCUUCUGGUUCUAGAAGGUCAGUUGAGUCCAGGAUCUCCAUGGAAAGCACGUAAAAGGACAAGUUCUGUAGGUACGGACUCGGUUUCCUGACAAGCGAAGUUGGCUUAUAAGCUCCGGCGACCCUGCCACAUGGCGGUCAGAGCCAUCGCGGGCCUGGGUGCUCCCGGGCAGGCCCUGCGGUGCUCACACAGGGAAGACCCUCUCAGCCUCGAUGCUCUUUCCAGAAAACCCCUCAAGCCGAGGUAACGCCUCUGCACACCAAGGGGGUUGUGGAUGUUAAAGCUUGUUAAAGCUACGAUGUCGGAGACUGGAUCGCGUCAGAUUCCGCAUCAGCGCGGACAAGUGAAGCUCCGCCCACCUUUCCAGGAGUCCUACACAGCUUUGCAGGCCUUUGGAGUGAAUGAGCCGGUGUUGAUUAUUUUAGUAAAUAAAAGGAUGUUCGGCUAAAUCCUCACAGAAUAAAAGUGAUUUGACCUCUGCCUUGGGAAGAAAGCCUGUGUUUUGGAAAACAUUGUUUCAAAGGGGGGAUUUGGGGUUUUAUAACUUGUUAAUAAAUGUCUAUUUUUGUUAAGG